AUGCUCCUGGCCGCCAUCUUUUCCAUGCCUCUCUGGCAGCGUGCGGCCAUGGGCUUCGGAGACUACCAGACCUGGUUGGCCUUCAACUUCUUGAAUGCCAUCACUACGAUUCUGUUCAUCGUUGGCCAAACCUCAACGCUUGCCAUCGUUUUAACCAUCUGCUUCGCCAUCCUCAAUGGUGCGCCCAUAGGCAGGGCCUGA